AUGGAGGAAAGUCAGGCUUCACCGGCUGAGGCACCAGCGGCGCCAGUCGCCGUCUUCAAGAAGCGAGGCGCAAAGGGCAAGGCAAACUUGAGAAAGAGGCCCGCCACGCCACCACCGGCAAACAGCGACAGCGACGACUCCGACUACACCUCCGCAGAAGAUGACCAAGGCAGGAAGGUGAAACGCCGGAAGAAGAACACAGGCGUCGUCACGGCAUCUUCGAAAACCAACCCAGCCGCCGACAAGGACGUGUCCGCCUCUGUCUUCAGUGCCGACCGCAGCGUCCCCUUGAGCAAUUCCAAUGAUGCCACGAAACAGAGCAACUGGUACGACGAGGACCAAAAAGAUGCGCUGUCAGCCAAGAACCUUCUCGGCUCAACGCGCGCCAUGCCAGAGUCCCAGGCCCCAGAUGGCACCUACAAGGGCCUGGCGAACCAGACCUCCUUCAUCCAGAAGAACCCCAACGCGCCCAAGAAGACGGUCGGACCCAUCAAAGCCCCGACGAACAUCCGCACGAUAACGGUCAUGGACUACGCCCCCGACGUUUGUAAAGAUUACAAACAAACAGGUUUUUGCGGCUUCGGCGACAACUGCAAGUUCCUCCACAGCAGAGAGGACUACAAACAGUCGUGGGCCUUGGACAAGGAGUGGGAAGACGUCACGAAGGGCAAGAAGAACCUUGGCGGGACGGUGGUGGCCAGCGCGGACCGGAAUAACAGGUCGGCGGAGGACGAGGACGACGCGGAGGAGGCGAUGCUCGAGAACAUCCCCUUUGUCUGUCUUGUAUGCCGGGGCCCUUACAAGGCACCCGUCAUCACGCGGUGCGGCCACUACUUCUGCGAGCCAUGCGCCCUGAAUCGGUAUCGUCGAGAUCCGAGCUGUGCACAGUGCGGCGCGGGCACGAACGGGGUGUUCAACUCUGGCAAGCGGCUACAAAAACUGUUGGAUAAGAAGAGGGAGCGAGCCGCAAGGAGGAGACAAGAGGCCAUCGAGAGGGGGGAAGAAGUGAGUAGUGACGAGGAAGGCGCAGGCAUCUGA